AUGAACUUGAUCAGGCUUCAUGAACUUCCAAUAUCAAAGUUUAUUAUUAAGAGGAACACAAAAACUUAUAUAACAGCAGUAAACCAAGAAACUUUAGAUGAAUUUGAAACUUUGAUUAAAAACACUCAAUCUCUUACACCUUUACACAAAAUUCCAAAGCAUAAUUCAUUAAACAAUUUGAUUUGCAAAAUUGCUAAUCGCAAAGAAGCACAGUUAUUGCCAAGAUUGAUUUCACAAUGGCGCAGAUGUUUAUUACCAACCACUUUCCAAACUACAAAAUUAUUAUUUAAUCGUUUAUGUGAUGAGAAAAUUGGUGGGGAAAAUGUUGUAUCAACUGUUGCUUCAACUUCAUUUGAUGUUUUUGAU